AUGACUGAUAGGGUCGUAGCUGUAAAAGAACACCUCGAAGACUUACUUGGAAACAGGAUACUGAAACAGUGGAUAGGAUUAGGAGGAAACGGGAAGAAACACGCAUCUACUUAUGCAGAGGUUAAAAAGAAUAUUGACUCUACUAGAUUCUGGGACGAUUUAGAAUACCUCAAUAAUAUUCUUGAGCCUCUCAUCGAGGUGCUGCGUUUAACCGAUGGAAAGAGGACCUGCGCCAUAAUGGGAGAACUGUACUAUUUGCUAUUUCAGUUGCAAGAGAAGUUUAGUUCAACUCUUAGACCAAGCCACAAACAAGAUCUGAUGAGCUUCUUCUCGAAUGCAUGGUCUGAGUUGCACAUACCCCUGCACAGUGCGGGGUUCGUUUUGAACCCACAGUUUCAUCUGUACGAACAGACGUCAAACGAAGAUGUCAUGGGUGACUUCCUGAACAUGUGCACAGUAUGGGGUUUUCAGGAAAUGGAGAUUCUACGGCAGCUAGCACGCUAUAGAAGGAGAGAAGGUCUUUUUGGCCGGCAAUCUGCCAUUGACGGAGCUACAAAGCUAGAUCCUUGUACGUGGUGGGAUUCGUUCGGUGCAGCAACGCCAGAGCUUCAAAUAAUGGCGAAGAAAACUCUGAGCCUCGUCUGUAGUGCUUCUGCCUGUGAAACUAACUGGUCCUCUUGGGAAUAUAUUGUUGAUAAACGCAGAAAUAGACUAGCAAAGGAUAAGGCCAUAAAGCUAGUAGGCAUUAAUGCCAACCUUCGACUUAUCCAAAACAUGGAGAAAUGUGAUUUUAAUGAUGAUUACGAUUCAUCUGAGUAA